AUGGUCCUUCAAGUUGUCAAUCAUCUUGACUACCCUUCGCAGUUGAUCUUGUCUCAGUCGAAUAGGUAUUCACGCUCUACUGUUGAGGUUGAAAAGCCUACAACGGUGGAGCAAAAGUUAUCAUACUUGUAUGAGUUUGCCAACAAACAAGUAUCAGGAAAAGGGUUGAAACAACACACUGAAAAUAAUCGUCGGUUUUGCCCCACUUGCGGUGUCCGGAAAGGCAUAUACCAAACUGGACAGGUGAUACGGAUUAAGAAGCAUGACCACUUCCUGUGCUGUUUGUGUUGGGAAAUAUGUAAAUAUGGACUAUAUUGUCGAGUUUGCAGCCGCUGCGAGGAUUGCCUUCAGCGCACAAUGGCCAACAGCAGUACCGAACCAGCUGUUUCGGAACAAUUGAGGGAAGAUAGCCGCUGCCCUAAUUGCCUAGAACACCGUUUUAGAUAUCUAGGAGACCCUGAACCGAACCUAUCUGCAAGUGCGAAGGACAUGCUACUCCAGCUACCUCUAUCACUGAAGAUGGCCGCAUCUGAAGGAUGUUAUGGGAUGAUACCUAGCCCAGAAUGGCUUGAGGAAGACAUUGCGGAGGGCAUUUCCUAG